AUGCAAAAACUGAAUUCUAAUUUUGAACGCUUGACUACUGAACGAGAUAAAUAUAAAUCUCAAUUGGAGCAAGAAAAACAAACAAUACAACGACUAAUACAAGAACUACGGGUCGAAAUUGCAAGACAACGUAAAGAUGAACGAGAUGUAACAGAGAAAAAUAAGAAAAUGCGUUCAUAUGAACAGAAACUAAUACAAAGCCAAAAUCAAGAAGCAGCAGCUCGAAAUGAUCAAUUAAUGACUAUGAAAGAUCAAAAUCAAGCAGAAACCAAUCUAUAUGAUGCACAAUUGGCACUAGAUGAAGCUGAAAAGAAAUUAAAAAUCGCAGAAAAUGCCCAAGUGAAAGAUCCGGAUGCAAUCGAUAAAGCCCAUAACAAUUAUCAACAUUGUCUAAGAGAUGUCAAUCAAUUGAAAACUAUUUUAGACAACUGUACACGAGCUUUAGCUAUUCGAGAAAAAUGUUAUCUUGACGCUCAAACUUUAGUAAAUUCGACUCGACAAGAACAUCAAGAAGCCAAAGAUAAUUUGACACAAAAAGAAAAACAACUUGCAAAUCAAAAAGAGAAAUCUAUUGCAUUAAGAACCAAAAUUGAAAAUCAGAAAAUUACUAUUAACGAAGUCAAUGGUCACUGGAAUAGAUUAUCUAAAGAAUGCAAACAAGUCAAAAAACAAAUCAAAGACAAAAAUGAUAAAGAAUGCAAAGUGAAAUCUGAUGUAGAUAAAGAAACGAAAAAAAUAGAAACAUUGAAAACAGACGUCGAGUCAAUGAACCAAUCAAUCGAGAAAUUCGAACAUAUGAUUCAACAAUCUGAUAAUGAUCUAAGUCAAUUGAAAGAACAAUCAUGUUGUAUAGAACAACAAUAUCUAACAAAACAAGAUGAAAAUAGACAAAAGCAGAUACAACUAACUAGUAAACUUGAUGAACUUAAAAAUAAUGAACAACAAAUUCAACAACAACAGAACAUGAUUGAUGAACAGAAUGUUACACUUCAGAGAGCAAAUAAUAAUAUGGAAAAUAUUAGAACUAAUAUAGCUAAAAUUUCUAGAUCUCUUUUUGAUUUAGAAGAUGAUUUAGCUGAACAACAACAAUUAUUACGUGGUGCACAAAAACAACAAGGAAUAUUGGACGAAGAACAUAAUAAAAUUCAAGCUAAAUUAUUAACACAACAACGAGAAAAACAACAACAUGAAAAUGAUAUAAAUCAUCUAUCUCGUCAAAUCAAUGAACAACAACAUCUUCUCAAUCAAAAACAAGAGACUCUAACUGAUUUACAAUCACAAAUCAAUCAAAAAAGAUUACAACUGAAUAAGACUCAAGAGAAAUAUAAUUCUCAUAAGGAACAAUUCGAUACGACUCAACUAGCAUUAAAAAACACUGAUAAACAGAUAAUUAGUAUCAAUACUCGUAAGCAUGAGCUCGAUCGUCAUAUCGAACGAAAGAUUAAUGAAAAAAAAAUUAUCAAAGAUCUUGUUGAUAAAAAGAAAAUCGAAAGAGAUAAUAGCCAAGAAAAUUUGAAGCGAGUAACAAAUACUUAUGAUGAGAAAAAUAAACAAUGCAAUGCAUUCAAAAGAAUCAAGAACAAUUUCAUCAUGAAUCUUGAUCAACGUCGAAUAGAUCAAACUGAAACAAAUAAAAAACUAGAAGAAAUAUUUAAUCGAUUGACAGCACAAAGUAGAACAGUUCGACGCUUGGCAACUGAUCAUCGUCAAGUAGAUAUGACAAUAAGAAAAAAUUUAUCUUAUGAACAAAUGAAUCACAAUGUGGCACAAGAAGCGGCAGAACUCAACAAUUUGAAAACUCAAAAUCUUGAUCAAUAUGAGUGCUGGGUAGAUGAUGAGUUGAUUCAAAAACGAUUCGCAUAG